AUGAUUAUUUAUUAAUUUUUAUUAAAUUAAUUAACUAAUUCAAAAACAAAAAAGACAUGUUAAUUUUAGUAUUGCAAAAUUUCUUUUAAAUUAUAAAAAAUUCAAAUUUAUUAAAUAGUUUGCAAUUGUUAGAAUUAUCAAACAAAUAAUAAGCAAUAUUUUCAAUUAAAAGAAUAGUAAGUAAGUAGCACUAAAGUAAUGAAACCAGUAAGAAGUAGUUCUUAAAAAAGUUUAGCAAAUUCUGUAAAUUCUAACAGAGUUUCUGAAUGUAUAUAAGUUUUCAUAAGACUAAGGCCUCUUCUAAGACAUUAAGAGGACGAAGAAGCCUGGGAUAUAAAUAAAAAAACUUAAUAAAUUUAUUCUUUAAUUGAUCAGAAAUCUUCUUUAGUGACAAAUAAUGAAAUUACUGAAAACAUGUCUUUAAAAGAUAGAAAGCGCUUAAUCGAAGCAGGGAAUAAUUCAAUAUUUUUUCCAUUUGUGUGUUCAAAUAGAAAGACUAAUUUCACUAAGCGGAAUAAAAACUAGUUCUAAAUUCUUUUUAGACUAUUUAUCUAUCUAUAAAAAACAUUCAUGAUCUAAAUAAAUACUUCAAACAGAUUAUAUAGGUAGGUCCUGUCACUUUAUUAUGUAUAUCCUUUUUGA